AUGGGUAAAGCAAUGAAUCCAAAUGAUAGCUAUGAGGAAACAAAGUACGAUACAUCAUAUGGUCUACGGUCUUCCGAUAUGUCUCCAUGUUUACCUCUUGAUUUAUCCAUGAAAAAGAAAUCUUUUCAAUAUCCUGAUGUACCAACAUCCCCUUUAGAUUUAUCUAUAAAAUCUGAACCAAUCAUUAAUCGACAAAUGUCAGUAGCUGAUCCACGUCUACCUCCAGAAAUUCUCAAACAACCAAAACCAGACUGGCAUUAUCGAAGUAUAAAAGAUCUUGCAAGUAAUCAUCUUCCUUACUUAGCUGGCGAAGGCCCACAACGUACACCAGUUCGAGUCACAGUCCCCCCUAAGACGUCUGCCAGAGAAAUGUAUCUUGCUAUUGGAAUCCUAACUGUAGAAAAUGAACUUCAUCCCUCGAAAGUAAUUGUACCAGCAAAAACAACAGUCAAUUCAGGGUAUCUAUCUCAUGACAAUAAUCUUAAUUGUUUACAAUUCGACGGAAAUUCAUCGGAUUAUUUUGAUCGAAAUCAUAGAUGCAUUUAUUCAAAAAUUAGUUUAGAAGAACAUGUAGCAGGACAUAAAGAUAUAAGAGUUCAUAUGUUCAACUUAUAUCAAAGUCAAGUGAUAACGAAAGAAAUUAUUAUAAGACAACAACUUGAUCGAUGCAAAUUAAGUUUUUACUUAUGUAUUCGUGAAAAUGGAGAAUAUAUACCAACUUCUUUGCCUGCAUUUUCUAAUAUUAUUAAAGAAACAAAAAUGAAAUCUCAACCUCGUAUAUCUAAUAGAAUCAAUCAAUUAACAAUAUCACCUAUGUCAAAUUCCGACUUUUAUGACUCUUCCACCCAUCAGGAUACUACAGAUGAAGAUAAUAGUUAUUAA